AUGUAUUCAAAACUGCGCUCAAUCAUUCAGGAUUGGUCGAAGUGCACCUCACCGGACACUCCGUUUACCAUACAAGAUUUUCUCUCACACGAAAAACAUCAGUCUACCAAAUCGGCGUGUUCAGUAUCCGAGUUGUCACCGGAUAGCAUACGAGCGGCGUUUGCUGCCCGAGUUAGUUUAAUGGACAGUCUGGCACAUGUGGAUGAGGAAUUCGCCGAUCAAUUUUUAUCUGUUGACAACCCAGAAACUUUAAUUCCAGCAGCUGUGGUUCAACAAGCCUUACGACGGGCCACUAUCUCCGGUCACAUUGUCCCCGUCUUGGUAGGCAGUAGUCGACAGAGUAUCGGUGUCCAACCGCUGUUGGACAGCAUAGUGGACUAUUUGCCCGACCCAUCUGAACGUGGAAUGCCCGGUCCUGUGCAACAAGCGAUGCGUUGUCUGCGUUCUCGGUCAAUGGGCGAGUCAAACGAGUCAGUAUCUAACAGAAAAACACGAACACUGGCAUCACUGAGUACAGGACCAGUAAUGUUGGUUUUCAAGGUCUUUUUCGAUGCACACCUCGGCCCGUUGAGCUUGGUUCGGAUUUAUUCAGGUAUUGUGCAUUCCGGAGCCGCGGUCACCAAUUGGUCACAACGAAUCACCAGCCAGACCAUUGAAAAGAUUCACUCGGUGUUUCAACUGACCGGCGAUCAUCGUGAAGUGAUCGAGCGAGCUGGACCGGGCAGUAUUGUCGCAUUGGCUGGUUUACAAUCGACGCGCAGCGGUGAUCUGCUCGGUCCGAAACUUCCAUCAGGCAGUUCCAGUGCAGAUGAUGAUGAAGAGUGGUUGGCCGAGGCGGACACCGAAACGGCAUUUACCACUUCACAUAUACGCGAACCGGUUGUUUACGCGGCCAUAGAACCGGCCAGUCUGUCUACUGUACGCAAUUUGGAACAUGCGUUGACCUGCAUGCAACGCGAGGAUCCCAGUUUUACUGCCCGUUUGGAUUCAGACACCGGUCAGUGGGCUAUCGGAGGGAUGGGUGAUCUUCACUUGGACGUUGUUAUGGCUCGAUUAAAACGUGAGUACAAAGUGGAUGCGAACAUGGGUCCGUUGCUUAUCGCCUACAAAGAAUGCCCGUCUCUCGCAUCCGGUGAGGAAGAAAGGGCGACGACAUCGGUUUGUGGUGUUGGACACUCUUCGGGAUUGGUUUUCGGUCAGGAAAAGGUUUUUCUCAUCGAAGUUGUUUUGGAGGCUUCUGGACAGAAAGCACCUCAAAUCAAAUUCGAUCGAAAUUUUCUUGGACCGAUCGACACUGGCGGAUCAGAUGAGAUAACCGCAGGAUCACAAGGUAGAAUUCGACACGCAUUACGUCAAUCCUGUCUGUCUGUGUUGGAAAUCGGCGGUCCGUUGCUACGAUCCCCGGUGAUAGGAGUGCAAGUCACAUUCCGACGACUUCUGGUUGGUAGGCAGGAUCAACUUUCUGCGGAUACAGAUCUAAACCAUCUGGAUUCAAAUCAGUUCCGAUUACCUCCUCGAAUAGCAAGCGCCCAGACAGUUAUACCCCUUCUUCGAGCGUCUGCUUCCAACGCAAUCAAAAAUGCACUCAGUCGUUUCCAUUCUUGGCGUCUUAUGGAGCCAAUGGUUCAGGUUGAACUUCGGCUUCCAGUAGAGGACAAGGACGGUCAAAGCGAGUCUUUGUCACGAUUUUUGGGGGACCUAUCUUCCAGAAGAGCAGAUAUUGAAUCUGUGGACGCCAGUGAAUUCUCGCAAGAGGAGAAAAAUUCGGAGCACCAUAAGUAUCACGUGAUUCGCGCCAUGGCACCGCUAGCGGAAUUGGUUGGUUAUUCGCGGACAGUACGUACGUUAUCCUCUGGUCGAGCGGAAUUUCAUUUGAGAUUGGCUGAGUAUUCCCCGGUAAGCGCUGAUCAUCAGCAAGAAUUACUCACUCAGUUCCGAUGGACAUCUCCCUCGACUGUGUAA